AUGACAGACAAUAAGAUUGAUGCGUUGAAGGAAGAUUACCCAGGGAUAGAGACGGAUACAUUGCUCGAAUUAUUGGCGGCUUGUGAUGGAUCUGUGACGGAGACUAGAUCGAUGAUCAAUGAGUCGUUUCCAACUCCUCAGCAGAAGCGGAAAGCAGGAACUUUAUAUCAGACGUCGAUAACGUCUUUGAUUGCACCGGUAUCAAAAUGCAAAAAGCUCAAGACUUUAUCUGGUAGAAAGAGGGUAAUAACUUUAAAUACGGUGGAAGAGGUAGAACAGCAUUUAUCGCCUUAUGUUUCAUUCCAUAAGUCAUUCUUGCCUCCAGAUUUGGCUAAUCGGAUACUUAAAUAUCUAAUGACUCAAACAGAUAAGGUUUCACCCCAUGAAUUUUACUUGUUUGAUAACCUUUGUAAAGCAAAUCACUCUCUGGGGUUUUUUCACACUCCUAAUAUAGAUCCAGUGUAUGAAAAUUUGAUUUAUAAUGGAAAAAAAGGCAAAUCAAAUCUUUAUAACAAAGAUUUCGAAGAUGUAUCAACGUAUGUUAAAGAUUUUAUGAAUAACAACAUAAUUCCUAACGUUAAAAGAUUGCCAUUUCAGCCAACUGAAACGUGGAAUAGUGAUGUGUGUGUUGUAAACUACUUCGAGAGCCUUUCAAAUAACCUUGAUUGGCAUUCUGACAGAAUGUCACAUAUAGGACCUCAUAAUUUUAUUGCAUCUAUAUCGUUAGGUGCUACAAGGGAAUUUCGUUUGAGAAAGAACUAUUCGGUUGGUAAAGACCCCUCGCCGAUAUAUUCAAUUAUAAUUCCUCAUAAUAGUAUGGUCAUAAUGCAGCCUGGAUGUCAAGAAGAAUAUAAGCAUAGUGUAAACGCAUUGCGUACAGCCUUUCAGGUGAAUUCAAUAUCUGGCUCUGCUAGAUUUAACUUAACAUUUCGAUUUUUUCCAUUGGACUUUAUAAAGCAACUACCUCGUUGCCGAUGUGACUUAGCAAUGACUUUGAGAAGAUCUUUUAAGGCAAUUGAAACCAGGGGUAAAUAUUUUUGGAGCUGUGAAAAUAAAUACCAAAAUAAGGAUUGUGGAUGUUUCUAUUGGGCUAAUUUCGAUAAUAUCGACGAUAAUUUCAGAGCGGAAAGCGAAGAAACAGCGUCACAGUGGAUUGCACCAGAAGACCAUGCUAGACUUGCAUAUUUACAAAGUUUGAAUGACGAUAAGAAAUAA